CCGGUUCUUGAUACUGAGUAAAAGGACAAAGCGUUGGUCCACAAGGCUCUGAGCUACUUGGGGAGUGAGCCACGUAGGGACUACGUGCAAAGCAUAUCCUGGGACGAUGGCAGUGGCACUUUUGGAGGAGUGGUGCAAGAUCAUGAGUGUGAAUGACCAGAAGUCGUUGAUGGUGACUGGCAUACCAGCGGACUGUGGUGAGCCUGAGAUCCAGGCGGUCCUUCAGGAGGCGCUGAAGUGUGUGGGCAACUACCGCCUGCUAGGCAAGAUAUUCCAGAAGCAAGACAACACGAAUGCUGUCUUACUAGAACUCAUGGAGGACACAGAUAUGUCUGUGGUCCCCAGUGAAGUGCAGGGAAAAGGGGGUGUCUGGAAAGUGAUCUUUAAGACCCCUAACCAAGACACUGAAUUUCUUCAGAGACUGAACCUCUUUCUAGAAAAAGAAGGGCAGACGGUUGCAGGGAUGUUCCGAGCCCUGAAGCAGGAGGGAGUAUCUCCAGGUACCACAACCUGCACAUCCCCCGAGUUACUGGCCCACUUGGUGGGGCAGGCAAUGAUUCAUGCCCCAAAGCCUCUGCUGCCUGUGAGGUAUUGUAAGUUGCGAGUGUUCUCUGGGAGCACAGUGCCUGUCCCAGAGGAGGAAUCCUUUGAGAUCUGGUUGGAACAGGCCACUGAGAUAGCCAAAGAGUGGCCCAUCCCUGAGGCAGAAAAGAAAAAGUGGAUGACGGAGAGCCUCCGCGGCCCCGCCCUGGACCUCAUGCACAUCGUACAGGCAGACAACCCAUCCAUCAGCGUGGAAGAGUGUCUGGAAGCCUUUAAGCAGGUGUUUGGGAGCCUGGAGAGCCGUAGGAGCUCACAGGUAAGAUACCUAAAGACCUAUCAGCAAGAAGGGGAGAAAAUCUCAGCCUACGUGCUCCGGCUGGAAACUCUGCUCCGAAGAGCUGUGGAAAAACGGGCUAUUCCCCGGAACAUUGCUGACCAGGUGCGCCUGGAGCAGGUCAUGGCCGGGGCCAACCUUAGCAAUGUUCUAUGGUGCCGGCUACGGGAGCUGAAGGAUCAGGGUCCACUACCCACCUUUUUGGAGCUGAUGAAGGUGAUACGGGAGGAAGAAGAAGAAGAGGCCUACUUUGAACAUGAGAGCAGGGAGGAGCCAGGGGAACGAGAGGGCUAUGGUCGCUGGGACAAUUCGAGGAACAACUGAGAGACACCCACACUCCUGUCACCCCCUUGUGAGCAUAGGGACAGUGCUUGAUGAGGCUAGUCCUAUUACAGUGAAUUUUUUUUUUCUAAUAUACAAGAUUGAAGUCAAGCAUUAGAACCA